AUGGAGACGAAUGCGCCCAGCCCAAAACCGACAAAGAAGAAGCGCGAACACAAGGAACGCAAGAACCCCCUGCUACGAGAUCUUCCCAUCUCCGACAGGUACUUCUGGAAAGACGAUCUUGCCACCCAGCUUUCGUUCUCCGUAUCUGAUCGAGGCUUCAAGAGCGACCGCAAAUCUGUUCCUGACCAUGAGGUAUCCAAGGCACGCAAGUAUGCCCGCCGGGCCGUUCGCCUAACGAGCCUGGAGCUUCAAAUGCUGAUGCACGCGUCCAGGCGUGACUUCCCGACCAUCAUCUUCACACAUUUCGUCCCCAGCAAUGAUGACAGGCAGGCUUUCUUUCGGCAUAGCCAUCGAGGACGGUACUUGAGGAGUAGCGCCCUGAUGAAUCCACCUCAUGCUUCAACAUCUGUGUUCGCCAGUAAAUACAUAUCUUAUGAGCAGUACCCCCUGUACAUCACAUCUGCAGAGUCUCUGGUGGUCAUCGCGGGCACGAAGGGCUUCUACACUUUCACUAACGCUCAAGCCGGGCGAAUGUUUGGAAAGAUGAAGCGUGUGCGAGGAGGCCCAGAUCCUGGGAGCCGUCUGCAGACGCCUUCGAUCUUAUGGCAGAAGCCAAGUGCUGAUGCCGACGUCGCUAAGCUGGCCAGCUUUGAGCAGCACAGAAGAAAUUCGCUGGAGGAUGUAUACGAAUGGAUCCUAGCUUGCUGCACCACACCGAGCAGGACCGUGCAACCAAGCUUUUCAGGUCGGGAAUUCCAGUCUGUGCUGCCCAGAGCUCCUGGCCCGUCUCAAGGCCAGCAGCCACUGGGAACACCUCUGCCCGGCGAGUCUCGCUGCCCUGCAGAGCCGCCUUCUCGCCUUGGUGAGAAGAAGAAGAAGUCACGGAAACGGAAACGAGAGCAAGACGAGACUAGUGGUAUGGAAAGCGAACAAAUUAAGAAAUGGAGGACUAGACAGAUAUGCCGAUUUGCAUUACGCCACUCGAGACCGCUUCGAAGCUGCAUCGACUUCAUCGAUCUCAGCAUCGACGUAUCCACGUUUCAUCAGUGGCUGGGGCCGCUCGGUUUGUGCUACCUGGGUUACCGAAUGCACGUAGUCUGUCAAAAGCUCAUCAAAGCCACCAUCCAGAGGUGCUAUUGCCAUACUGAAGUGGUACUGUUCUUGAUCACCGAAUCGAAUCUGUAUCCCGUCUUGCACAAUUACAGAGGCUUUCGUCAUCUCACAAAAAUCUUGCAUAGACCUGCCUGUGAGUAUGAGUCGUCGUCGUUUGGUGUCCAACUCGAUCGUGAAAUGGAAGCUAGCAACAUGGCUGUCGUUCGGAAACUUGAACAGGUUAGUACGACUGCUACCGAAGCAAAACUGACGGCGACCGAGGAGGGUAGCAAAGUCCAGCUUCGCAAUGCAUUGACGACGAGUGCCCGGCACUCUCGGGAGGGGAACAUGUCGAGUUGGGUCUGUGAGCCGGAGCCGAUUGAUACGAAGGCCGAUUACGUUGUGGGCUUCUCUUUGUGUAGCGGAGAGUACCCAAGGAGUUCCAUGGCGGAGAGUCUUGAGCAUCGCCAGCUAGGGAGAGCCCAUCCACCCGACCAUCUUAUCCCUCGAGAACAUCAUCAUGAGGACGGUCAGGUCUCAGACCUGACUCGGACUGCCGUACGUUACUCUUGUAAGUUGAGAUGA